GGCCAAAUCCCGUUGUGCUUGCCGUCCAUCAGAUCAAACAACGCACGACACCUGCGGGGGUUAAACAAGCUUGAUCCGAUACCUUCUAGUCUGAGUUUACGCCACAAGCAUGCCAGAAGAAACUCUCUUUCGGUUCCUUUACUGGCUUGACCUUGGGCAAAUGUCUUGUAAGGUUGCAUCCAAAGCCUCAGUCCCAAAUCUACUUUGUGGAAAAGCAGGCUUUUGUGCGCUACCUACCUUAUCCGAUACCUGGCCAUUCCCGCAAGAUGGUGUGAUCGAGAAGCACUUUCAUGGGAUUCACGACCUUCUGAAAAGGCUUUACCCGAGGCUCAUGUCCUGUACUUUCAUUGAAGUCCUCGAGUCCCUUGAAUCAUCCACGGCCCGCAGCCUGCAGGUCCGAUCGGUGUCUCCGGCAUGGUGCAACCCCGCACCCUCAAUUCGAGGUUUGGAUCACGGGCCGAGCCUAGCGAGCAGAUGGAAAAUGACUACAAGUCCUCCAGAAAGGGUUGUCUAUCGGCCUGCUUUCCGGACACUCCGCGCGGACAUCCCCCCGCAGCGCCGGCCGCCCACCACCCCUCUACGGGAUUCCGGCGUCGUGCCAAGCCCGCGGAGAUCAACAAUACGGCCUUUGGUAGUCUUUGAGGAUGAUCCCUGACAUGGGAAGAUGACUCAUAAAACACCACCGUUUCUGAUUCUGAUCCCGGCAAUGCGCCGACGCCCGGCAAUUGGGCUUGCACAGACAUGCUUUCUAGAACUGUGAACGGAUAGGAACGCACGUCGUAGAGCCAUAUGCCCGGACAACUGGCAUCUCGCAUGAUCAUUGCGCCGUAGUUGUUGGGCUACUUCCGUUGAUUCUGGUUCAACAAAGUGCCCAAGAA